AUGCGGCGAAGGGGAUUCAGAAUCAACGUGAAACAAUAUUCAUUCAUCAAUCUCUCUUCGCCAUUUACUUUCCUCUCACGUUCUUCUCGUUCUUCUCGUUCGUUUCUCUCUCUUCUCGCGAGACAUUUCGGGAAAACGAUGUUUAGAGAAUCAUUUCUUUCUAUCUAUCUAUCUAUCUAUCUAUCUAUCUAUCUAUCUAUCUCAGUCUUUUCAUAUCUAUCUAUCUAUCUAUCUAUCUAUCUAUCUAUCUAUCUAUCUAUCUAUCUAUCGCAGUCUGUUCGUAUCUAUCUACCUAUCUAUCUAUCACACUCUGUUCAUAUCUAUCUAUCUAUCUAUCUAUCUAUCUAUCUAUCUAUCUACCUAUCUAUCUAUCUAUCUAUCUAUCUAUCUAUCUAUCUAUCGCAGUCUGUUCGUAUCUAUCUAUCUAUCGCAGUCUGUUCGUAUCUAUCUAUCUACCUAUCUAUUGCAGUCUGUUCAUUUCUAUCUAUCUAUCUGCUUCUUCCCAUACAUUACACACACACACACACAUAUAUAUAUAUAUAUGCCAUUCUCUUCUUUAUCUAUCUAUCUAUCUAUCUAUCUAUCUAUUUGAGAAGUCUCGGCCAGGAAAAUACAACCCACCAUAGUUUAUGUAAUUCUAUUUGGCUUCGAAAGCCAACAUUGAAUUGUCGUAAAACAAACCAAACCAAACCAAAUUCUUCCUUUCCUUGGUUCUUUCUUUCUAAUGGCAUUUCUUUCUUUCUUUCUUUCUUUCUUUCUUUCUUUCUUUCUUUCUCAUCACUAUUUAUCCUUUUAAUUGUAUUUUCUUUCUUUCCCGUCACCUUUUCUUUCUUUUACACCGUCUUCUUUCUUUCUUUCUUUCUUUCUUUCUUUCUUUCUUUCUUUCUUUCUUUCUUUUAA